AACCUUUAAUCUUUUGUGAUUUUACAGGGUUAUGGGAUGACGGAGGCGGGUCCGGUGAUUUCAAUGUGCCCGGGAUUCGCGAAGAACCCGACUCCGGCUAAGUCGGGUUCGUGUGGGACUGUGGUUAGGAAUGCGGAGCUCAAGGUUCUGGAUCCGGAUACUGGGUUGUCUCUUGGAAGGAACCAACCCGGAGAAAUUUGCAUCCGAGGUCCUCAGAUUAUGAAAGGGUACCUGAAUGACCCAGUUGCGACAUCUGCAACGAUAGAUGUUGAGGGUUGGCUGCACACUGGAGAUAUCGGCUACGUGGACGAUGAUGAUGAAGUCUACAUAGUUGAUAGAGUGAAGGAGCUGAUCAAAUUCAAGGGCUUUCAGGUUCCACCAGCGGAGCUAGAGGCUCUUCUCCUCGGCCACCCUUCCAUUGCUGAUGCCGCCGUGAUACCUCAAAAGGAUGAAGUCGCCGGUGAAGUUCCGGUGGCCUUCGUAGUUCCAUCUAAAGAUUCUGAUCUCACCGAGGAGGCCAUCAAAGAGUUCAUUUCCAAGCAGGUGGUGUUUUAUAAGAGAUUGCAGAGGGUGUAUUUCAUUCAUUCCAUUCCAAAAUCACCAUCGGGAAAGAUACUGAGGAAGGAUUUAAGAGCAAAACUUUCUGCUGCUUCCUAAAUUUCUCUUUCCAUCAUAUCAAUAUGAUCGGUGUUAAAAGGUUGCCAUCAAAUUAAUUCUAGAAAUAAUUCUUUCAAUUCUAUCUUGCCAUUGUAUUCAUGUGUGCAUCAAUCUAUCCAUAGAGCCUACGAGAACAAUUUCCGUGAGUAAAGUUAAUUUGUUUCCUCUCAUAAUUUAUUUUUUAUGUCUGUUUC